AUGGCGUCUCAGUUGCUACCCCUCGAGCUUAUUGACAAAUGUGUCGGGUCAAGGAUUUGGGUCAUUAUGAAGGGCGACAAGGAAUUCAGCGGCACUCUCCUCGGGUUCGACGACUACGUCAACAUGGUUUUGGAGGACGUGACAGAGUUUGACUACUCAGGCAAUCACACCAAGCUCCCCAAGAUUCUCUUAAACGGAAACAAUAUCUGCAUGCUGAUUCCCGGUGGCGAAGGCCCUGAAGGAGCAGCAUGA